CUUCUUUAACCUUCAAUCAGUUGUUUUUGUUUCCAGCUACAUUGUUUUCUCUCAGCUGAUUCGGCUCUUUAAUCGAAGAAACCGAAAACAAAAGAAAAAAAUUGAUGGAGCGGCUUAUUUCCGUUUGUUUAUGGUUGAUUUUGGUUUUCAGAGUUGCGGGCAACGCUGAAGGUGACGCGCUGUAUGCAUUGAAGAUCAAUUUGGCUGACCCUAAUAAAGUGCUUCACAAUCCUUGCCGAUGGUACAACAUUACAUGUAAUGCUAAAAACAGUGUGGCAAGAGUUGAUCUUGGUGAUGCAAAUCUAUCUGGCCAAUUGGUGCCGCAACUCGGGCAGCUUGCGAAUUUGCAGUAUCUGGAGCUUUAUAAUAAUAACAUAUCUGGGACAAUCCCGGAGGAACUUGGAAACUUGACGAGCUUGGUGAGCUUGGAUCUUUUCUCGAAUGCUUUAACCGGACCCAUUCCAGCAACUCUGGGCAAGCUUCGAAAGCUGCUCUUCUUGCGUCUCAACAACAACUCGUUGACAGGUCAAAUUCCUAUGUCCUUAAACACUAUUGAUUACUGCAAGUUCUAAAUCUUUCAAAUAAUCGGCUAGAAGGAGAUAUUCCAGUUAAUGGUUCCUUUUCACUGUUCAAUCCUAUCAGGUUUUUC